CACUUGUACUAUGUAGACCCGGCUGUUCCCUACGAGCCACUACUCUAUGGCUGUGAACUGAAUAUACGAACACACAGACUCAGCCCAAGGCAUCAGGUAAGCAUUCACGCGGUGGUAACCGGUGAUGCUCUCCCGUCUCCACCGUUCGAGGCCAUCCCAACGGGCAGGCUAACUACGACCUGACCACGACACUGGGUCAUUUCCUGAUUCGGCGACAACGAUGCUCAAAACUUCCUCAGCCGGAGGCUCCGCCGACAUGCCAGCUCGAUCAUGUAUAUAUAGAAUAAUGAUUUCUCCCUUCAAGUUGCUUCCAUUCCUCAUCACACAACAAACAACAGUCUCUUGACUCACAUUCACUGAAACCCAUUCAUUCAUUCAUUCGUUCACUCAUUCUUUAGUGAUACACUCUCUAAACGCUUUUGCAACCAACCAACUUCAAAAUGGUUCGCUCACUCCUUCUUCUCGGAGCUGCCAGCCUCGUCGCUGCCUCUCCUGCCCCGGCUCUGCUCAACUUUGACAUUGUCAACGCCGCUCCCGCCCCUUCGGUCACUGGCCCUGACCCUGCCGCCGUUCAAGAGACCGGUAUUUACAAUGCCGCAUCCGCCUCAGCCAGCGCUGUCGCUGCCGUUACUGGUGUAGCCACCGCUAGCGCUGUUACUGCUGAGAAGCGCAGCAUCGACUCUGCCAACCUCGACAAGCGCACUUUCUGCUUCUUCGGCUUCGGCUGGUGUGGCUCGAGCUACAGCAGCUCUAGCAGCAGCAAGUCUUCCACCAGCACAGCCAAGGCUGUCUCAACCACUGCUUAUGCUACUACUACUGCUACUGCCGUGGUCACCACUGCUCCUGCUACCACUUCGCUUGCUACCAGCUACAACGUCGCCCCUUCGAGCUGCACUCCUGUGAGCUGGACCAACACAUUCGCCUUCACUUCUGACACUGCUUGCCCUACUCCUUACGAGGUCGGCACCUACUGUGGAUUCAUCAACCCUGAGGAUCCUUGCGCUGCUCAGCCUGACGGAUACGGCCCCAAGACCACCCCCGAUACUUCUGACGCCUUCUUGGUCAAUGAUGUCUACCACAAGCUCGCCAAGAGCGCCGCCGCUCCCUCUGGUUACGCUUCCACUUUCACUGACUUGAAUGCCGCCGUCAACGCCAACAGCUACAUGGGUCUCUAUACUCUCCAGAGCUAUGAUGUCGCUACUUGUGCCGCCAAGUGUGACUCCACCAGCCUUUGCACCGCUUUCAACAUCUACGUCGAGCGUGACCCCCAGUUCAACCCUGACCAGUGCUCUUGCACCGGCAAUGAUGUUCCUUCCAUCACCAACUUCAAGUGCACUCUCUGGGGAUCUGGUGUCCAGCCCGGCGCCGCUGUCAACACUGGCGAGACCCGCAGCGGCUUCAGUGUUGUCAUCACCGGCUCCAACGGUUACGAGAAGACCAACAACACCACCCCUGUUACUCCUCCCGGCUGGACCAAGCCCCAGAAGUGCUCCGGUAUCCACGAUCACCCUCGCACCUGCCUCGGUGAGAAGAUGUUCAAGGGUGUCUUCGAUGUCAACGUCUGCGCCACCUACGCCACUGCUCAGAACGCCAUCAACAAGAAGGCCGGCCUCCUCUCUACCAUCCUCAGCUUGUUUGGAUACAACCCCAACAAGUGCAACUUCUUCAACGCCUUCAUGCUGACCCAGGACGGUGUUGCCCAGGGUACCUACUGCAAGCUCUUCGCCCAGCAGUACGACUCCAAAGUUGCUGUCUCUGUCCCUGGUUGGUCCUCUAGCCACUUCUACGGUGUCGAAUCCUCUUGGUCUUUCUGCAGCUCUUAAACUUGUCUCGGGCGGCUUUUCCCAAAGC